AUGGCUGCAUCCCUUCAAGCUGUUCGUGAGGCUGCCCUCGAUGGCCGCAUGCACAACGUAGUCACUCGUCGGACCCAGCUGGAGGCCCUUCAGCAAACACUGCUUGACAACACCGAUACCAUUCAGGAUGCCAUCUGCGCUGACACUGGUUAUGUCGCUCCCGAGGCCGCUGCGGAGUAUCUCCUCACACUCAACACCCUAAAGGAGUACCAUCAGUCUUUGGACAUUGACCGCGCACUCCAAGACGAGUAUGCCAUUGCGAGAGGAGAGGAUGCUGCUAGUCGACGGGACCCCGUGGGGAUUGUAUACAUUGUUCCGACGAGCUACACAGUCUUCUACUCGGUCCUAGUCGCCGUCGCCGGCGCGCUCACUGCUGGCAAUUGCAUCGUUAUUGAAUUGCCCAAUUCUCUUCGAGCCCUUCCUGUCUUGAUCAAGAAGCUCCUAGAGUCGUCGCUUGAUCGCAGUAUUAUCGCAUUUGUCCCGACUCCAGCAAAGGACGAGGAUCUCGGACCGCAACACAUGCGGCUUCAGCAAGAUGAUCACCUACCUGGUAAGGUAGUAGCUGUCGUGGAUCGCACAGCAAACAUCAACAAAGCAGCUGAAGCACUCGUAGCGGCCGGGUUCAGCUUCGGUGGCCAGUCGCCCUACGCGCCCGACCUAGUACUUGUGAACGAAUACAUCAAGGAGCCGUUUCUGAUGGCCCUGGUGCAAGCGAGUGUGUCCUUUUCACCGAGCGCGAGUGCAAUAGAAGGGGACGACAGCCGGUCGGAAAAGACAGACCAAGACGAGAAAGGCGGACUACGGGUAGUAUCAUCCCUGGGCAGGGGAAAAAUCAUGGAAGCAGACCAACUUGAUCCUGAGGCGCUGCCGGACAAGACUACGAGCGGCCGGUUGCUUGUGCAUACUGUGCGCUCGUUGGAUCAUGCCAUCGACUUGUCAAACCUGGUCGGAAGCCUCCAGGCGUCGUACGUCUUCGCUCACGAGAAGUCUGCCAAAUAUUUGACGCAGUUCAUUAACGCGCGUGUCUCAUUUGUUAACCACAUUCCUGUCGAAGUCCUGGUGGGACCCUCGGCCCCCGAACAAGUGGCCUUUGACCGAUCAAUGCGAUAUCCCACCACUUUCUUCUCCGUUCCUCGCCCGCAUUUCAUCAGCCCUACUCGGCUGUCGCAGUCAGUCACAGAUAUUCUACGUGCCAAAUCGUCCUCGGCCUUGCAGAGUACACUGGUCUUGCGGUCGAGGGAACUGGUCUCCAGAACUCAGCGGCCCUUGGGUGGAGGCGUAGGGUUCUUCGAGCAGGGCAUUUUGACAGGGCUGGGUUUGUUCUCAAUCUCAAUGCUCGCGGGUGUGAGUGCUCUGGGAUAUUGGACGUGGAGCAUAGUGGCAAGGCAUGGAUCUCGAGUGUAG